UAUUGGUCGGUUCAAUAGGUAUAUAGCAACUUUCACUUCAACCCCUCAUCUUUUAUUGUCCAUCAAACCCCAAUACACAAAAGCAAAAAGAGAAGGCCUUAUCUCUUCGAAAUUAUAGAGAGAAAAGAAAACCCUAAAGUUGAAUUUUCAGACAUUGAUCCCAUAUUUCAGGCCUUUAAAACUCUUCCCCUUAAGCCUCAUGGAGUCCGACAAUAUGAUGAAGCUAUCGCCCGAUGAUCACAUGGAAGUCCUCACAUUCCUCAUGCAAAUGGAGAAGCUCCCCGAGUACAUCGACUCGCAGCCCGACAGUGGUAAUCUCUCAUCAUUGUCGCCGGAGACGGCCGGUAUCAGUCUCGACCUCUCUGGGAACUCGGCCCUGUCGCCCAUGUUCCACUCAUCUUCCACUUACAACGGAAAUGGUGUUCCGAUCUCCGAGCCAGCUGGAGCAUCACGUCAGCAUGCCUGGUCGGGUGCUUAUGCUUCACCUCCACACUGCAGCGGCAGCCGGAGGGGCGGCAGCGGUAGCAACGCGGUCGGUUCGAUGGCAGAGAUGAGAGAGAUGAUAUUCAGGAUAGCCGCGAUGCAACCGAUCUACAUAGACCCCGAGGCAGUGAAGCCUCCAAAGCGGCGGAACGUAAGGAUAUCCAAGGACCCGCAGAGCGUUGCAGCGAGGCAUCGAAGGGAACGGAUCAGCGAGAGGAUACGGAUCCUUCAAAGGCUCGUACCCGGUGGCACGAAGAUGGACACAGCGUCGAUGCUCGACGAGGCCAUCCACUACGUCAAGUUCCUGAAGAGGCAGGUGCAGACCCUGGAGCAGGCUUCCGUCCAUAACAAGCCGAACAUGGUAGGCGGCAGCAGCUGUCUCGGGUUUCCAGUUGCUCACAUGAAUAAUUCUCCUAAUCUCUUGUAAAUUAGUUUUAUCACAUUAUAAUUAUCCCAGUGAUGUUUUUAUUC